AUGCGUCUACGUUCCGGCCUCAUCCUGGCCGUGGGCGUCCUCCUGCCGCUGGCACUCCUCUUCCACCUUCGUGGCCACAUAUACCAGCUAGGCGAGGUAGCGGUGACGUACUCGACAUUCUACGAGCUGAUUCGCAACCACGCCGACCUGCUGUACCGAUAUCCCGCACCGGCCUCCUCCCCGGACGGAGACGAGACCGGGGACCAGCCGGCGGUGCCCAGGAUCCUGCACUCGGUGGUGCUGGGCAACGCCAGCCGGGACGACUACGUGGACGCCCUCGACAGCUGCACGACCCUCCACCCGGACUGGGAGCACAUCGUGUGGACGGACGAGAGCGCGACGGCCUUCAUCGGCGAGCACUACCCCGACAUCCUGCCGCACUACCAGGGCUACGCGCAGCACAUCCAGCGGGCCAACGUGCUGAGGUACGCGGUCCUGCACCACCACGGCGGCGUCUACCUGGACCUGGACGUGUGGUGCCGGGUGGCCCUGGACGCGACGCCCAUCGUCCGCCUGCCGUUUGUCAGCCCCGGAGCCCACCCGGCCGGGGUCAACAACGCCUUCAUCUCGUCCCGCCCCGGCCACCCCCUCCUGGGCGCCAUACUCGCCGCCGUCCCGUCGCACGAUCGCUCGUGGGGUCUGCCCAUGCGCAUCCCCUACGUGGAGAACAUGAUGUCCACCGGGUGCAUGUACUACACCAACGUGUGGAUGUCGUACGUCCGCGGCCUCGUCAAGCAGCACGUCCUCCCGUCCUCGGCCACCCCCGACCACCCGCCCGCCCCGUCGGCGGGCAACAGCAGCAGCUUCGCCAACCGCGUCUUCGUCCUGGCCGACACGGACGGCCAGCUCGGCCCUCAGAUGCUCCGCGGGAAGGUCACCACCCCGCUCUUCACCCACGGGGGCGCCAGCAGCUGGCACAGCUGGGACGCCGCCUUGGUGCUGUCCCUGUCGCGCCACUACGUGCUGUACGCCUUGGUGGCGCCCGUCGUCGUCGUGGCCCUCAGCCUCGCCGCCUGCUCCCUCGUCAGGAGGAGGAGGCUGCGUCUGCGUCACAGGGGGUGGACCGCCGUCGGCUCCUGGUGGUCCCCGGCCGAGGAUGACGCUCAUCCUGCUGCGGUCGUGGCCGACGAGCCCGUGGCCGACGAAGCCUUGUCUGACAAGGAUUAG